AUGAUGCAAAGUGAAGACACAUCGUCGAUAAAACAGCACCAUCAUCAUGAGCCUAAACGUCGAAUCUUUCAGACAAAGACAUUUCGUUUGUUAUCAAUGCUUUCAUUGACAUUUAUGUACUUUAUUGUGGAACUUGUUGUCGGCGAAAUAACUAAUUCUGUUGCACUUGUUGCCGAUGCAUUUCACAUGUUAUCAGAUGUUAUCUCAUUAGUCAUUGCUAUUGUUGCUGUGAGAAUAUCGAAACGUCGGUCGGAUAUAAAUACGUAUGGAUGGGUACGCGCUGAAGUUGUUGGUGCAAAUAUAAAUACAGUUUUUCUUCUGGCACUAUGCUUAACUAUUGUAUUCGAUGCAAUCAAACGUUUCAUUCAACCUGAACCGAUCGAAAAUGUUAAUUUAUUAUUGAUUGUUGGCUCGAUUGGUUUAGGUAUUAAUAUCGUUGGUCUUUUCUUAUUUCAAGGAUUUCAUGGACAUUCUCAUGGAGGCAGUUCACACGGACAUUCACAUGGAAGUAGUUCGCAUGGACAUUCUCAUGAAAAUGAUUCGCCGAAGAAUAGUGAAGUAGAUCUAAACUUAAACGAAAAUGCUCUAUCCGAUCUGGAAGAAAUAUCGAACAAAUUUGAAAGACAUAGUACACGUGCUUUACAAGAAGUUAUUGCUGAAUGUGCAAAUCAAAUUGAUGAACAAUCAGAAACGGUUAUUGACAUGGACGAUGAUAAUAAUAAUAAUAAUAAUAAUAAUAAAACAGAUACUGCUAGCAAAACAGAUAAACCACAAAAGAGAAGAUCAAUGAAUAUGCACGGUGUAUUUUUGCAUGUAUUGGCCGAUGCACUCGGCUCAAUAGUUGUAAUAAUCAGUGCUUUAUUAAUUAAAUUUGUUCCGCAUGAUCCCGAAAAUAGAAAACAUUGGACCAUUUAUAUUGAUCCAACUCUAUCAGUUAUUAUUAUUAUUAUUAUAACCAUAUCUACUAUUCCAUUAUUUAAAGAAACAUCAUAUAUUUUACUCCAAGCAAUACCGAAAAAUCUUGAAAUUAACGGAAUAAAAACUCGUCUAUUAGAAAAUAUUCCUGAAAUUCAUAGUGUUCAUGAAUUACAUGUAUGGCGUUUAACAGACGAUAAAGUUAUUGCGAGUGCACAUUUAAAUCGAAAAAGUCUAUCAAAUUAUAUGACUGUUGCUGAUAAAGUUAAGAAAUUCUUUCAUUCAAUCGGUAUACAUUCUGUGACAAUACAAUAUGAAUGUGAUGAUGAUUUGAAAACUAAGCGACAACCGCUAACAACAAUAGCCAACGAAGCGAAUUCGAAUAGUACAGACAAAAUUCCUGGCGAUUGUUUAUUGCGUUGUGAAAAUGAUGAAUGUGAAACACAAGCGUGUUGCACAAAAUCUUCAGAUCGAAAUAAUAUAUUAUUGAAUAAUAAAAUGGAAGUAUUGUCUGUUACUCAAACGAACAACUAUGAAAAUUCUUCACAACUUCAAGCAUCAGUUAAUCCAUCGUUUCAGGAAGAAUAG